CCGGCGCCCCGCCCCCGGUGCGGCCGCCUCAGGGCUCCGCCGGCCGCCGCCAUGCCGGGCGCUGCGCGGCGCCUGUACCGGCGGAUCCUGCUGCUGCACCGGGCGCUGCCGGCCGCCCUGCGGGCGCUGGGGGACCGCUACGUGAAGGAGGAGUUCCGCAAGCACAAGGCCGCCGGGCCCGCCGAGGCCCAGCGCUUCCUGCGGGAAUGGGAGAACUAUGCAGCAGUGAUACAGCAACAAAUUAAUGAGGACAAACAAAACUUGAGAGAAAAGACUGUAUAUGGAAUCCAGCUCACAGAAGAAAAACUUCAUGACUUCCGUGAUGAACAGAUUGGGCAGCUGAAGGAACUGAUGGACGAGGCCACCAAACCUAAUAAAAAGAUUGGUAUUUCUAAAGACUCAGAACACAAAACCUGAAAGGUUUUAAAAAUUGUUGUAAUGCAUAGAGAAGCAUUUUGAAAACUUCCUUUUCCAGUCAGACUUGAAUGUGGUUUCUGUGGAAUAAUGGGCACUGCAGAUGCCAUAACUUGUCUGAAAUGGAUGUCUCUAGCUGUUUGGCUUUAUAUGCAAGAAUAAAUGUUAAAAUGGUAUAAUCACAA